CAAAACUAGCGUUAAUCUUUACCAUCGUCUCAAACUGUCACUGACACUGAAACUUAUAGAAAAUUAUAUUAGUUUAGAAAGUUUAAUAUGAAUCUGAAGAUAUGCAUAUAAGGGUAUCUGAUAGUACUGUUAGUUUGUAAUUAUUUUCAUAUGUGCAUAAGGCUCAUAGUCAUAGGUAUAAGUCUAACCUUGAACUUUCGUGGAGGUUGGAGGUGUGAUGAUUUUCAGCUUACGGAUUGGCUAGACUUCUGGAGGUAUAGUUCACUUAACUAGACUAGUGGCUUUUGACCUCGCAGACUGCACCACGACGGAGAUCUUGCAGUAGGCAUAGAUUAGAAAAAAAGAUGACAAUCUUUGCAGUUUUACGCACUAUUCGAGUGGUAAUUAUAUGUUAUGGUUUAAUUUUUAAAGCAUGAGUAUUAUAUUCAGCCAAAUUAUUUCACAUUAUAAUCUUUAACUUAUAAUGUUGUAGUUGUAGCUAAGUAGGCUUACUCAUCAUUCAUUCUUACUUAUUAUUUUACUUGGCUAGUUACAAGUUUGUUUAGUACUGCGGGAAUGUUUAAGUUAUGUUAACUUUUUUAAAAAAUUUUUUUUACCAUGAAUCUAAAUCUAAGGGUAGCAUUGUCUGUAGCCUAUGCAGACUAUGCAUAUGCUUGUAAAACACAUUUCAGCAACAAUUGUUUUAGAUUUAAGACUUAAGUAAGUAAGUCUAAGUCUAAUUUUGAAACUUAUUAUCAGUGAUAUCAGUUGUUAUUUUUAUUUUUAUUAUACUAUUAUACAUUGAAAAAAAUGAGGUCAAAUGACUUAAAAUUAAAACUUAAAGGCUAAAGACUAAAGGUGAAUAAUUAACCAACUAAUUUGAACCGGUAUUCUAAAUGGGAGAAAUGCCCUUGCAGUGUGGAUUUCAUAAUGAAUGCAUAUUUCAUUUUUUUUUUUUUUUUAAAAAGAGCUUAGGCUUAGUCCUGCUUAGUAAUAGUAAUGUAGACACUAUUUGUAUAGAGUAUAGAUAGAUAUGAUUCAUGAUAGUUUCUUAGACUUAGAAUUUUACACAACAUAUUUUUUUUUUUUUAUAUUCUUUAACUAAAAUGUUUACCAUCACAAUCACAUGGUGAAAAAAUAUCUCAUAUGGUCAUCUUAUGAUUGACCAUAUUGCCAAGUUCUUAACCAGGUGUGGUAACGCCUGGGAGUGUGAGUGUGAUUUAAAGUUGACAGCUUCCUCUGAAAUUUGUAACUUUUAAUUGUAAUUGUUCAUUACGCCUUAUCAUUAGUACACAUUUAAUUUUAAAAUAAAAAUUUCAUUCUUUUGCAAAUUAAAAAGUGACUACCGGUACCUAAAUAAAAAAAAAGGUACCAAAAAAUCUAAAUUGCUAUAUUCUUAAUUAAUAAUUGUUUAAAAAUGAAAACCAGAUAAGUGUAGAACUAUAAAUUAAGCCAUUAACCGCUAAUAACCACACCCACCCCCUUAGCAAACAUGUUUCUCAAUGGUUGUAGUCGCUACAGCUAUCAACAGGUCUUGGCACUAAAGUAAAACAAAUUUAAUUGAUAACCACUGCAAUAAGUGCUGCACAAUAGAUUAUAAACUUUAUUGACCAUGACACAUUAGUGAUUAGCUGUAUUCUGCUUCCACAGUUUUUAAACAUGUAAUUCAUUUAGAUUUUUAAGGCUGAGGGGUAGUAAGAAACUUGUCAUUACUUCAGGUUUUGAAAGUGAGUUAUUCGUCUUGUAAUAAAAAAUGUGAUACUGGGUUAUACCUGAGGCUGAAUCAAUACACAACUCUCUCAAUAGGCCUAAUAAUUAUGUUGAAAAUGUUGAGUGGGUAGAGAAAGCUCCACAUUGUUCUGCUUCAGAUCAAACGGAAUUAAAAGUAAAAAUAUUUAUUGAAAUAUAAGUUGCUGUUUUCAUAAUGAACAUGCAAUUCGAUAUAUGCACAUUCAUGUUAUCAUUCAAAUAUCUUCCAAAUUAAUUCAUUAACAAAUGACUGCUGGUCUUUUGGAUUCUGCAAUGUAUAAAUUUAUUUAAAGAUUCGGAAGGGGAUCAGAGCAAAAUGUUCAUAUACAGAAAAUGGUACUAUUUGUCUUAGUAUGCUAAACUUUAAGCCUUUUCAAAACACUUUGAAUUAGAAUAACUUGCUAUGAAAAAUCUGGCUUUUCUUAUCUAGUACAUUUUAGUCAUACCAUAAUGCACUGUCCAACACACUGGUCAUUUCUGUUAUCAAAGUUGGUUGGAAACACUCCAAAGUGGUUCUCCUGAUUGUGGUAGUGCAUGUUAUGCUUAGUAUUUAGAUAAGAAAUCAGUUCAGUGACCCCCAAUUAAUCCCAUUAUUCAGGAACCAGCCAUGUGUUAUCUUGUCAACUCAAUUAGUUACACUGUGGGAAUAUUUGCCUUAUAUCUCCAAUGCUGAUAAUUGCUAAGUCAUAUGAAAGUCAUAUUUGAUUUCAAUUAGCAAUAUUGAUGGACUCAACUAUUAAUGUUUGAUGAGUUGGCUUUUUUUUUUCGUUUGUGGUAUAUUUUGAUAUUUGUACCUCCAUUUAAAUUUAUUAAAUUCGCAUUAACGUAUUUUUACUUAUAAUAAUAAUAGGGGUGUUGAGGGUUGACUAGAUAUAUAAGAAACACAAGUCAUAGUAAUUUUCACCAGAAAUUGAGAGGGGUUACUAAGUAUAAUACAAACAGGAGUAAUUGUGAGCAUUCACUGUAGACUACAUAAUUAUGAAAAAUGUGUUUUUAUUUUGUUUAAUGAAAUAAUUUAAUCCAUUAUUGAUUAUUAUGUUCCCUUUUCAGACAGGAAGUUCAAGUCUUCAUUUUGCAAGAUGUUAUGCUUCCACAGUGGUAAGUCAAGAUUAUUACAAUUUUUGGGAAAAUAGUAGCGCUAUCUAUUUAAAUUAUGUAUUAUAUAAGUGGUUUUCAACAUUAUUCUAAUGGGGGUCACUAAACAAAAAUGAUUAACGUUGCAGCACCCCUCCCACCUUUUCUUAAUUAUAUAGGGUAGAGGUGAUAGAGAGAAAAUCCAAAUUGGAGAAGAGGGUUUUGAACAACACUAAUCUCACAGUGGACUAAACUAGGCAGCUCCAAGAUACUUCUGCAUCACUUUUUUGACACAUACACUUCAUAGGAAUCCAUUUUGACAGAUUCUUCAUUUAUAGACUAUUCAUCACCAUAUAAACAAUAAAUAGCGUAUCGCUGAGACACAGCAGUGAUUUUCAAUUAUCAAGUAUAUACUUUAAUAUUUAAUGUGCAAUGUCUGUCUAUUUAAAUAAAUAAUAUUUCUUGACUAUUCAAACUGUUUUUAUAUUAUUAUAAGAUUAGAUUUAAGAAUUAUUUUUUAAUAUUUAUUUUUCAGCCAACAACAAAACUAUUCAUUAACAAUGAAUUUGUUGAGUCAAAAACUAAGAAAUGGGUUGAUCUACAUAAUCCUGUGAGUAAUUUUUUUGAUUUUUAAUCUCUAUUUAGAAUAAGUUUCUGUUAUUAUUUUUAUAUUAUCCCAAAUAAAGAUUUCAAAUUUUAUCAUUUAAACUUGUAUAUUAUACUUUUAUAGUUGUUUUAGUUUUAAAUUAAGUCCUUGUUUUCUUAGGCAACCAAUGAAGUUGUUACCAAGGUCCCAGAAAGCACUAGGGAAGAGAUGGAGUCAGCUGUAGCUGCUGCUAAAACAGCUUACCAAACAUGGUCCAAGACAACAGUCCUAUCUAGGCAGCAAAUUAUGUUCAGACUGCAAGACCUCAUUAAGAGAAACAUGGUGUGAUCACAGUUGUGGGCUAUUACUUAGUGCUCUAACUGACUUGUCAACAAUUAUUUUUAACUAGCUGAAUUAAGUAACGGUAGCCAAAAGCUAUGGGAAAUUUAUAAAUAGCUGUAGAUAACAUCAAUGGGUCUUUAAAUUUUCUAUGAUAUGAUAAUCAUUACAUUUCAUGUUGUAAAACUUUUCAAAAUCUUAUUGAAAUUUCUUAUUGUAAUGAUAAAAAAAUCUUGCUUAAAUCCUCAGAAACGUCUUGCAGCUAACAUAACCUUAGAGCAGGGGAAAACAUUGAUAGAUGCAGAAGGGGAUGUCCUGAGAGGCCUGCGUAAGCACUUAUUACACUACAACUCAAGUUUAUUUAAUCUAUCCUUAUAAAAAAAAGAUUUUGUAACAUCAAGUAAUAUGUUUAUCAGUUGAUUAAUGUUUCUGCAGAAAACAGUUUAAAUUAUCUUGUCAACAGCUAGACUAUUAAAAUAAAUAAGCAGCCAUUUUAUUGGAAGAUAUAACCCUUUUUUUUUUUUUUACACAAAAUAAUAUUUAAGUAUUAUAAAGUUUAAAAAUGUGUAAAAAUAAACAUAAAUAAAUUAGACAGCAAUAUAAAAAUAGUUACUGGUAUCGAUACGUUCUGGCUUCCCUGUAGGAUAUGUUAUAAAACCACAAGUGUUGUGUUGUGAGGAAGUAUUAUGUUUUUUUUUUCAGAGGUUGUGGAGCAUUGUUGCAGCAUAACAUCUCUGCAGCUGGGUGAGACAAUGUCAGGCAUUGCCAAGGACAUGGAUACCUUCACCUUUAGACUGCCUCUUGGGGUCACUGCUGGUAUUACUCCCUUCAAUUUCCCUGCUAUGAUUCCAUUGUGGGUAAGAUAAGAAUAUGAGAUAAAUAAUAUACUGUUAUUAGGAACUAUAGUUAAACCCAUACCUGCCAAACAUUAAGCACUGCUGAUUGUCCUAUACUUAUUUAAUACCCUCAUGGGGCUAUUGUAUGAUCAAUAAAAUAGAAAUGUUUGAUUAAUGGUUGAAAAUUUCAAAUAUACUUUUAAAACUGUAUUUCACAAAAUAAUUUUAAAUUUAAGAGGUGGAGCAUCACAUCGAAUAGUAAAAAUGAAAUGUUCACAUACAUUUUUUCAAGAUGUUUCCCAUGGCCAUAGUGUGUGGUAACACAUCUGUGAUGAAACCAUCAGAGCGUGACCCUGGAGCCACUAUGAUUCUCAUGGAGCUUUGCAGAGAGGCUGGUCUGCCACCUGGUGUGGUCAACGUCAUCCAUGGGCGACAUGACUGUGAGGACACUUAACCUUCAAUCACUUGAAAUACACAUAGUUUUUGUAAAUCUUUAAAUGAUUUUCUUAUCAACAAACAGCAAUGUUAGUUUGAAACAAAUAAGAGGGGUUGUGAAAGUUGUUUUUUCUCCAACAUUAUUUUAAAAUAUACGUUAACUUCUCUAUGCCAGAUAACUAGAUUUGAUUCUAAAUAAUAUAAUAAGUCAACUAAUUUAGUUAAUUUUUGUGUGUUCUUAACAGCUGUGAACUUUAUUUGUGAUCAUCCGGACAUAAAAGCCAUCUCAUUUGUUGGGUCAGAUCAGGCUGUAAGUAAAAUUUAAUUAAAUUUAAAGUAACAUAACCUUGGUGUUGCUGACAUGUUAAGUACGUUAAUGUUGAAUGACGGGUGAAUGCUGUGAGUAGUAAGGCAUGAGAAUUCUCACAUAAAUCAACCAUUUUUUUUUUAGGGUCAGUACAUCUAUGAAAGGGGCUCUAAGAGUGGCAAACGAGUUCAAUCCAACAUGGGAGCAAAAAAUCACGGUGUCAUUAUGCCCGAUGCCAAUAAAGAAAGCACCCUGACGAGCUUAGUAGGAGCAGCAUUUGGUGCUGCAGGUCAAAGGUGUAUGGCUCUGUCUACUGCUAUUUUUGUUGGGGAAUCCAGACAGUGGAUCCCUGAACUUGUUGAAAGGGCCAAAAAACUGAAAGUCACUGCAGGUAAUAAUAUAUAUGAUCCUCUCUAGUUCAUACAGGUGGAUAUUGGAGAAAUGAAAUUUAAAAAUAUGUUCAUGAGCAUGUCUAUGUUUGCAAAUAUUUUGUAGAAAUUCAAAGAAGAAAUGCCUGAAUUUCUGUGUUCCUGUUUGAUCAUAAAAUGUUCAAAUUUGUUUGUUGAAGAUUAACAUACAUGUUCCAAUACUUGUUUAGGUACUGAGCCUGAUGCAGACUUGGGACCCCUCAUUUCCCCUGAAGCUAAAAAGAGAGUGUGUGACCUUGUCCAGUCUGGAGUUGAUGCCGGAGCUAAGCUGCUCUUGGAUGGUCGCAACAUUGAAGUCAAGGGUUAUGAAAAAGGAAAUUUCGUUGGACCUACAAUCUUGCACCAAGUGGAUGUGAGUUGCAGUGUAUUUUCAUUAAGCAAAAUUGUAUUUACAUUUUUAUUUUAUUUUCAUAGUGAAUAUUAAGUGUUGCAUACUAACAUACUAUUUCUAAAGAGCGCAAUAAAUAACUUCAAAUUAUUAUGAAAAUGGCAAUAGAUCACUUCAAUAAAUUAUAGCCACAGAAAAUUAUUAUUUCAAAUUAUUUAGAAAAAACAGGAAAGAAACGAUGUAUGAUACCCCAGAUUCAGGAAAUAUAUUAUGAAAUAUAAAUGUACAGCAGCAUUAAGUUAUAAAUUAAGAAGCUGAGAACAUAUUUAAUUAUUAUAAAAUUAUGUGUUUUUUUUGCCCUUUGUGCAGCCAAAAAUGAAAUGCUACACAGAGGAAAUCUUUGGACCAGUCCUGGUCAGCAUGGAAGUGGACACUUUGGAUGAUGCCAUUAAGAUUGUUAAUGCUAAUCCUUAUGGUAAUGGUACAGCUAUCUUCACAACAAAUGGUGCAACAGCCAGGAAGUACACCAUGGACUGUGAUGUUGGUCAGGUAAGUUACAGUAUAAGGUAAAUGUAGAGUUUGUAAAGUUGCUCAGCUAGCUACCUCAUAAUUUUUAGUAAAUUUUCUGUAAUGCUGGUCAGAUAUUAACAUUCUUUUGUUCCCCAAUCUGUACGAAUUUACCAGCGUGCUCUCCCAGAAGUCACAAAUCUCAAUGAGAACCAAUAUGUCCCUGUUAUGACUUAGGGAGUUCACUGAAUGGCUGUUUUUUUCACUAGUGAAAUAAUUUAAUUUAGAUGUCUUGUGUUUAAAUUGUUUUAGUUGAAAAAUGUGUACCGAUACUUCAUUAAAAUAUGUAUUUAUUUAUGUGCUGAAAAUGUAUACCGGUAUGUACAAUGCAAUCAAAAAGCAUUUCCAUUUGUUUGGAUCAAUAAAAGAAUCUUAUCUUAUAUUAGAUAGGUGACAGUAAAGGAUAAAUGUAUGGAUUGGUUUGUUGGUUAGCUGGGUCACUAACUUUGUAUAUAUUACUAAAAGUUUUUACUUUUUAAGCUAAGAUAAAAACCAUGCCAUGAUUGUAUACUUUUCUCUGCUUCCAUUUCUGUGUACAGGUUGGAGUUAACGUUCCCAUUCCAGUGCCUUUACCUAUGUUUUCUUUCACUGGAUCUCGUGGUUCCUUCAGGGGGGAUCAAAACUUCUAUGGAAAGCAGGUAAAGAUUUUCACAUCACUUAUGCCAAACUUAUUUCUUUGUUUCUCUUUGGUCUGUGGCAUGAACCUAUUGAUAUUUUCCACAUUAUAUUUACCAUUAUAAUAUAAAAUGGUCUAUCCAUUUUAAAAUAGUGCUCAUUUCAAUGCAGACUACCUACCCGCUGAGCUAACAAGUAGAUUCAUAAAUUGGGUUGAAUUUACUCUAUGUACUCCUGAACUGAUGUUAUGGCUUGAUACUGUGUGUUCAAUGCUAACAAAUGGGAGUAUAUGUCAAUCGCUCACAUGAAGAUUUUAAGAGUAGGGGAUGACUUCUAGAGAAAAAUAAACCAAACAUUGCCAAAAGCAUAGACAGUAUAUAAAUUACCAUAGAAUCUUACAGUUCUUCUCCGAACUAAACCACUGGGCAGAUUGUUGACAUUUUUUAUCCCACUUGUCAAGAACAUUCUUUGGUUACAUAUUGCUUUCAACAUGCUUGCAUGGGGACGGGCAAGUUGGGAGCAAUUGAGAUUCUGUGGCACAUUUUUAAAAUUCACUUACAAAUAUUUAUUAUAAUGAAGUUAUUUUAUUUGCUUGCCAAUAUCUCAUGAAUACUACUUACCUUUCUAUCAUUUUGUUGACCAACCAACAGGGCAUUCAGUUUUACACUCAAAUCAAAACUGUGACUCAGAUGUGGCGUGGAGAGGAUGCUGUGUCCUCCAGACCAGCUACCAACAUGCCUGUACAACAGUAAACAAGUUGGCAACUGCCUUAAUGUCUAUAUAUUUGUGCUAUGCUGGACUGUUGUAAAUGAACUGUCUGUAUCCAUACUGUUGUUGUUCAAAGGAGCAGACCAGGUCAUUCAGUGAAUGUUGAAUCACAUUUGUAACUCCAAAUAUUGUUACAGUAACUAUUCAUAUUUAUAGCAACGUACCAUUGUGAAUAAAAUGUGUGCAGUUUGAUCAGAUUAUUAUUAGAUGAAAACUGUUUGAAUUAUGUAUCUGCAGUGACCAUGGAUAUUACUUAAUAAGAGGACAUAUCUUGUAUACAUUUUUUGAAUCUCAAAAGGAUUUGAUGAGAAACUUUCUUUGUAAUGUGUGUACUUGUUUCAUGUAAGGGCUUUUCGUAAUACAUAACCUUUGUAAAGGUAGAUUUUCAAUCUAAAGCUUAAGUUGUUCAAUAUUAAUAUUAUUUUUUAUAAAACUCUAGUUUUCUUAUAUUUAUGCUAUACAGUUUUGUUCAUGUCUUUUAACUUUAAAAAAAGACUAAAAAGCAUUUACUACUUUAUAUAAAUAUAAAAUGCCAAUGUUACACAAAUUUCACUAGCAAUCUAUUAUUUUAUUGAAAAAAUUGUUCAUGAAUUAUGAUGCUGAGGAAUCAAGUUGGUUUUGACUGACGGAACUUACAUAUAUUUAUUUGCUUUAAAAUUAAAAACUACACAUUGUCUAGUCUUUAUAAAAAGUAUUAUUCUUUAAAUAAUGAAUGAAUGAUAGCUUGAAGAGAAAAAAACCAAGAGGUUUCUUUUUGCUUAACUUUGAAUUAUUUAAUGUUUGUAAUAUGGAAGAAAGAAGAGAUGAACAUAAAAACCAGUUUU